AUGCGGGGCAGCAGGCAACAAGGCAGUGACAAGAAGAACGGAAGCUUCAUGCGCAGCACAGAGCCACAAGUGAAGCUGAACAAGGGACUUCAGACGCAUGUGUCACAGCCCUUGAACUGGAUCAAGAUUGUGUACCUUUCUUCAGCAGUGCCAAGGGCAGUAGUGUUUGGCUUGUGCGAUGUGGCUGUUGUGACUGGCACGAAAGGGGUCAACCUUCCACGACGACGAUCGCCAGUUAUCACCCGCUCUCAAAAGCUCAGGCAGUCUCGCUGCGUGGCUCCCUCUAUGGCAGUGGUGAGCGUGCCGGGCAAGCGGUGCGCUGGGAGUGGGGAGGGGGAGCAAAUGGAGUAA